AUGAAACGUGUUAUGGGCUUGUUUGGUUUUCAUCCUGAUAGAUUUAACAAAUCAUCUUUCGAUCCUAACGAAUUGUUUCCUUUUGAAACUGCUAUACAUCCACUCAAGGAAAUAUCAAUAUUUGUUUCCAUGUUGUCAUUUGCAUUUUUAGAAAUAUCAAGUUUGAUUUACCAAUGUUGCUUUUUCAACAUUUGCAUUCAUGUUGGUUCACUUUAUGCGCAAAUUGAAAAUGAUAUCCAAAAAAUGGAGAAUGGAAAUUUCUCGAAAACUAUUAACAAUUCCUUGAUUGAAGUUCGAGAGUUAAUCGUUGAUACCAAUAAAUACUUUCGAGGUGUGAUGUGCCUUAGUUUUAUAAUAGACGUUGCAUACAUUGGCAUAGCAUUGACGAUGUUCGGUAAACUAGAUGAUGCGCUGACUUUUGUGUUUUAUGCUCCAAUGGUGAUUUAUGAUCUUUGGAUAUUCUGUUACGGCUCAAGUUUGAUGGUGGAAAAAGGAGACACAAUUACUGACGUUAUCUACAACAUUCCUUGGUAUAAUUUCAACAAAAAGGAUAAGACUUUGACUCAAAUGAUGAUACAAAGAAGUCAAAUACCGAUUAAAGUAAACAUUUUCCAUUGGAGAAUUGACCGAGAGCUUUUUCUUCAGAAAGUAAAAAAUGGUUUGGAAAAUAUUAAAAGUAUUCUGACAAAAUAUGCAUUCUCAACAUUAUCCACUGGAUAUGAUUGUAUCAUGAAGUAUCUAAAUUAA